UCCCGAAUCGACUCUCAUGGAAUCGAUUCAUCUUUUAGUGAGUCAGUCGCUGUGAGCGCGCGGCUGCGGGCAAAAAGGGGGCCGGGUGUCACGCGCACAGCAGCAAUUGCAGUUCAUGUUUAUUGGAAAUUGGAAACUUUAAUCGGACUUUAUUUUCACGACCUAUUAAGGCCAUGUGUUAGCGGAGAUCCUAUUCGGUCUGUCCCUUUGAGGUCACCAUGGCAUCAGAGAGGACCUCGGAGGACCCAGUCGUGGAGCGCGGUUCUCUCCCGCUGGACAUUGAUGACGUCCAUGUACUGCUACAAGUGGAGCAGGAACAGAUUCAGAAGAGAACCUUCACCAACUGGGUAAAUGCACAGUUAUCAAAGAGGAGGCCUCCAGUGGCCGUGCUGGACCUGUUUAGCGAUUUCAGAGAUGGAUCCAGACUACUGGACCUGCUGGAGGUGAUGUGCAGCCAGAGGAUGAGCCGAGAGAAAGGCAGAGGCGUGUUCCAGCACAGGACGAACAUCGAGAAAGCCCUGGCCUUCCUCAGGGGGAAAUCGAUCAAACUGGUCAACAUAAAUGUUCCUGACAUCAUGGACGGCAAACCCUCCAUCAUCCUGGGGCUGAUCUGGACCAUCAUCAUGCACUUCCAUAUAGAGGAGCUGGCGAGCACGCUGUCCUUCAGUUCUCGCCAGUCGUCUCUGGAGUCGUUGACCAGUCUGGACACGCGUUCGACGAGCAGCAGUGCACGUGGUAGCCCGGUGCCACCUCGCGGGUCACCGCUACACACCCGCUUCAGGAUCUCCGCUAAAAAAGCUUUGCUGCUCUGGGUCAGAGAGCAGUGCCACAAGGCCGGCUGUACUCUGAACGUGAAGGACUUUAAGGCGAGUUGGAGGAGCGGCGUGGUGUUCUUGGCCAUCCUCUGCGCUCUGAGGCCGGAUGUGGUGAGCUUAUCCAAGGCUAGAACCAGAAGCAACCGACAGAACCUGGAGGAGGCGUUCCAGAUCGCUGAGAGAGAGUUACAUAUACCCCGCUUACUGGAUCCAGCAGAUGUCGAUGUGAGAGACCCGGAUGAGAAGUCCAUAAUGACGUAUGUGGCUCAGUUUCUCCAAUACUCCAAAGACACGCCUGCUUCCGAAGAGGACAUGCAGGUUCAAUAUCUCGCUCCGACUACGCCUGUGAACCUGCCCUGUAACUUCACUCCUGCUGUUGCAGCCUCUCCACUCCGACAGACCUCGCCCACUCAGAAAGUCCAGGAGGUGACGUGUUGGCUGGAGCAGGCCUAUCAGGAGCUGCUGGAGGGAUGGGAGUCCACCGAGGGUGAGAGCUACGCUGAGAGAUACCACGUGUUCCAGACUUUUGUGGUGUCCUUUAACGAGCAGCGCCGGCCCGUGAUGCCGCUGCUGACUGCGAUGAAGAGGACUGUGAAGCUGAGCGACGAGCAGCGGGCUCUCCGACGCACCUGGGAUUCCUUGGCUGAAAAGCUGCGCGAGUAUAAGACAGAGCUAGACCUGAGUCUGCCCACUCCUCUGGACACGGUGGGCCGCUGGUUACUGAGGGCCGAGGAGGCCUUGGCAGAUGGUGGUGAUGAUCGUCAGGACCAUGCGCGAGCUGCUCAGGAGGCCCGCGAGAAACACGAGCUGUUUAAGUCAUGUCUAGAGGAGAUGCCUCAUCACAUGAAGACUUUCCAGAUUUUCCAGAAUAUGGAUGAGUACGGAGAAAUGGUGGUUCCUACUGACAAGCUGGAGGAGAUAAAGCGAAGGUUCACUAGUGUGCGUGUCAGCGCUAAGUAUCAUGGCAUUAGACUGGAGUACCAGGAGCACAGACACACAGUGCUAGAUCUGCUGGCUCAGCUUACCCUCAAGCUACGUACUUGGAAAAGAGGCUACAUUUCCCAGGAGGCUGUGCGGGUCCUGAUGAAGGACUGGAAUGAGACAGUCAGCAAGCAGGAAUUGACUUCUAAGCUGGAAGGAACUCUUUGCAAGCUCAGACACAUUGCUAACAAAUACACCAGCAAGUCUGCUCUGGCGGGUGACUCAAACCGUGUCAGUACUCAGAUGAAGGAAACGGAGGCCGAGACUGCGGCGAUACUCGAGGAGGUGAAGAUGGUAAAAGGCACUAUAUCGCGCACGCUGACCGCAUGGGAGUCCUACUGCGACACUUACAGCUCGCUACACGCCUGGCUGGAGCAGGGAACUCAGACGACCAGACACGGACAGCGAGCUGAAGUGACGAUAGGGAUGAUGUCCGAGUGGAGCUCUUGCAGGGAGCGUCUGAACGAAGUCGGAAGCUAUCUGAAGGACGUCACGGAUCCACAGACCAGUCGCUCGGUUUCUGACGAUCUCUGCAGGAUUAAUCUGAUGUGGGCUGACUUCGUCAGAAGAGCCCAGUUUGAACUCGUUGAAGAGCAGAGUGUAACUCCACCGAGUCCUCAGACUCUCCAGGGUUUGAUUAGAGAGGCCACACAGCUUCUGACAGAACCAGUGGAGGUGGUAUCAGGAUCACUUCAUACGUACAGGAAGAGACUGCAGUUUGUGAUGAAGAAAAUACAAGAUGUCGAUCUGGAUUCUCUCUCUCCAACACUUGAGUGCUCAGCUGAAACGCUAAAUAAACUCAAACAGGCCGUUCCAGAGGUGCUGGAGACACUCGGCGAGGCCGUGCAAGUGUGUGAAGAAUUGCAAGAGAGCGUUUCGGGCCUGGAUGGUCGUCUGGCCGAACUUAUACACUGGGAGACUGAAGUCAGAGAGUUUUAUGACCUCCUAAAGGAAAAAUCACACCGACACCAAAGGGGGCAGGACUCUAGGACCCGGUCACUGAUUUCUAGAGGUCUGCAGUUAGAAGGCCAGGUGGUGAUGGAGGAGCAAGACCUUCAGGAGAUGGUGAUGUCACGUCAGAAGAACUCACCUCUGCAGUACCUCAUUGCCUCUACCAUGCAGGACAGAGUCCGUGCCACUGUCGCACAAUCACAGGAAGCCGUUGGGAUGCUCAGCUCCUUGGGCGCUCGCAGAGAGCGAAGCCCUACAGGACAUCAGCCUCCACAAAAGGUCUUCGUCCAGGAACGAGAGGUUUCGAAACCCGGAACGCAACCUCAGCCAGUGCCUAUGAUUGUUGUGCAGGAAUACCAAUUGGAGAAGAGUCAAAUCCAAGCAGUAGCAGAACCACGGUUAAAGAACGAAUCGGUAGGAGACCGUCCACCCCAGAGUAAACCUGAAGAACUUGCACAACCACAGGUUCUACCUGAAGUCGAGCCACAGGGUGAUCUGGUAGGUGUUGUGGCACUGGGGGAACCGAAGAGACAAAAAAGAGGUGACGAUAAAGAAACCAUGGAAUCUCAGCCACAUCAUCUGGAUACGAAACAAACACCAGAGCAAAUUCAGCAAGCACCCACAAGGCAACAACCUCUGUCUGUGCAACAGGAACCAACACAACUACAUUUGCAAUUAGACACUCAGCAACAAACUCAGCAGCAGGUGCAAAUACAGAAACAAGGUACAAGCCAACAGCAAACCUUAUUUCAACAGUCAGUAAAGGUAAGGAAAUUUCAGAAACGUGCAGAGAAUAGGCCUUGGCUACAACAGAAUGCCCAAGCAGACGUUUUGGCCUCUGAACAAUCGGGUAAAGUAAGUUCAGAAGUACCGACACAGCCAAAGGUUAUUGCCACUGCUGUGUCUCAACCUCCGGUGUCUACAUCAGACACACUCCAGGCACAAGCCAGAGUGACUUGGAUCGAGCAACAGCAGCCUAUCACUGUUACUGCCACUGUUGUAUCUCAAACUCAGGUUUCUACAACAGACACAAACCAAGCCGAGAGGGUUACACAGACACAUGCCAAAGUGAUUCAGGCCCAGCAACAACAGCCUACGACGUUCACUGCCAAUGUUGCAUCUAAACCUACGGUAUCUGCACUGGACCCAGUCCAGUCUGAACCAAAGAGUGUCGUACAGACACAAUUCCAAGUGAUUCAAGUACAGCAAAAGCAGUCUGUCUUGCAAGCCAAAAUGGGUCAUACCCAACAAGUGAUAGAAACCAAAGUGGGCCAGGUCCGACAACAGCAGCCUGUAACGCACGUUAAUUUGGGUAAAGUACACCAACAAGCCCCUCUCUCCCAAAUACCAGCAAAAGAACCAGUAGGAGCUAUGGUGCCAGUUACUUCACAAAAACAACCUCAGGCUCCGACUGUCCAACAGCAUCCACGACUAUUCACAGCCACCACAAUUACUCAGCCACCAACAAAGCAAUCAGAGAUGCAGCCACCAGUCAUGACUCAAAUGCAACCACCAGUCAUGACUCUAAUGCAACGACCGGUUAUGGCUCAGGCUCAACCCCCAAUUAUGUCUCAAACCUCUCAAUAUCUGCCAGCUAUGCAGGAAGAAAGUCAACCCAUGAGACAUCCCCCAACACCACUCUAUGCUCAAAUAAUAACUCAAAGGCAGCCACACCCAGUUGCAGCCCAGUCUCCACCCCAGCAAGCAGUAUCUCCCAAUCAAUCUCAAGGUGUUUCAAUAACACCAGCCCAGCCCAAAAGUACAGCUCCUAUCCAACCACGAAUAAUCACCAUGCCCCAGAAUCAACCACAAUUCUAUAAAUCACCUCAAUCCCCACCUCAGGGUAUGGGCAUGGGUCAAACUCAUGACAACAUUCAGCUAAGACCACAACCCCACAUCCAGCAGCCUCAGUGGAGACCAGUCAUGCCUGACAUAACGACACAAGGUUAUCAUGAGACCCUCCACCAGGCUUUCAUGCCAUACCAUAUGUCACCCCAGGUGCAGUUUCAGAGCCAGAGCCAUCCACGUUCAGAAGGUGUCUCCCAAACCCAGCCUCAGCAAUGGGCGCCAUUAGGAGGAGGUCUGGUGACACAGAAUUACCCCAAUGUCCAGGGUUCAUAUCAUGUUCAGUCUUAUGCCCAGUCUCAGGGUUACCCCAGUCCCCAGCCACAGAGUCAGCAGUGGGGCCAAUUUAGAUCUGAACCAACAGUGCAGCCUUAUUCACAAAUAAGCCCUCAAAGCCCAGUUCAGUCAUUUGUACCAUCACAGCACUGGCAACCAGUAAGACAAUCUGACAUGGUCAGACACAGUUACCUGCAGCUGCAGAUGUCUGAAUACCCACAAGUCCAACAUCAAGUCACUCCAAGACCGCAGAGCCCUCCUCAGCAAUGGCUUACGCAGCCAGAACCACAAUCCAAAGUUGCAUUUCUGAAAAUGGUUUCUCAACCAACCAACACACAUUGUUUCCAACCACCAUCCCAAGCCCCAGUAAGCCCUCAAGGUCCUGCUCCACAGCAGCCCCAAACUCAACAGCAGCAGUGGCCACAAAACAAGCCCGAGGUUCGAUUUCAAGUUCAGAUUCAGAGCCAAACAUUGCAGUCACCGUCUCAGUUCCAAGUUUUGCAAAAGCCACAGUCGCCAGAACAGGAGCAACCCCAACCGCAGUCAGUUGCUCAGGUCAAACCUUCAUCCCUUGCUCCAGUAAGACCCCAAGGCCCUGCUCAACAGCAGCCCCCAACUCAACAGCAACAAUGGCCACAAGACAGGACUGAGGCCCCAUUUCAAGUUCAGAUUCAGAGCCAGAUUCAGAGUUCAGUUCUUCAGACACAGCCUCAAUUCCAGGUUUUACAAACGCCACAGUCACCAGAACAGGAGCAACCCCGACAGCAGUCACUUGCUCAAGUCAAACCACCAGCUCAGGCUCUUGUCAUACUUCAAGGUUCUGCUUCACAACAACCACAAACUCAACAGCAGCAGUGCCCACAAAAAAGAUCUGAGGCUCCAUAUCAAGUUCAGAUUCAGAGCCAAACUCCUCAUACACAGCCUCAGGUAGAGGUUUUAGAAAAGCCACAGUCCCCGGUGCAGGAGCAACUCCAACAGAACUUAGUUGCUCAGCUCAAACCUCCAGCUCAGGCCCAGGAUCCUUCCCUGGCAAGGAAAAAGUUUGAGGAUGCCAAGCACUGCCUUCAAGAGCGCAUUCUAGAGACUAUCAACAUAUUAAAGAGCAAGAAGAUAACUCAGGACCAGCUGCUUUUCAAAGAAGAAUCUGUGGAUCUUGAACUCCUGAAAGAAUUCCUGAUGGCUGUACAAGGAAUGGAGGCUUUCUGCACCCCAUCUCAGCUCCGAGACAUGGAGCUCCUUACCCAGUCUGUCAGAACUCAGUGGGAGGCCUGCUUCUCUGAGAACAUUCUCGUUCCGGCUGACCAGCAGCUGGACGCCCUAAAGCAGCUGUGUGAGACGUUGAGUCCAGAAGAUGCCAACAGGCUGGAACGGGCUCAGCUCCAGGAAUGUGAGACGACACUCGCUGCCAUCCAGCGUCAGUCCAGUGGAGAUGGUGAAAUGACACCAACAGACUCUGGUGUGCUUGUAGAGCAGGCAAAAGAGACAUCACUACAGAAAACUGCCCAUCCAGAGAAACCUGUGGAAAUCACUACAGAGACCUCCCCUGUCACAGCUCACCGGCCAAAAACCGUGGAGAAGAAAGAGAUACUAAAGCAGAUAAGCACGGAGGAGGACAGGUACAGAAGUUCAAGGUUCGCCCUGCAAGCUCAGCUGAAUAGGAACGAGCAGAACAUGCUGGGAGAUCGUCCCUCUGGGUCAGCCACGGCCACAGACCUGCAAAAGAGGCUCCGAGAGCUAAAGGCUUUGCAGGACGAGACGGAGUCUUUAUGGUCGGAGUACGAGGUGCAGUGCGCACAGUGUUCUCAGAUCAACGAGAGAUCGGUGGAGCAAGACCGAGCCGAGCUCACGGUCAAGUGGAAUGAGCAGAGAGCGCAGCUACAGAGGAGGGUCGAUUCUCUCGGCUCGGCUCUGGAGCUCAUGGAUUCCGUCGAGCGCCGCGUUGCAGAGAUUUCCGAGCGUCUCGACAAGUUCAUCAAGGAACCCAAAGAUGUUCGAGCAUACACGCUGAUCGAUGCAAACAUCCUGAAAGAUGUUAAGGACUUGGAUGAGGGCAUCCAAACGCAGAUGGACCACCUCUCUCGGUUUGACUCGGAACCGAGCCACCUGGACCUGCGUGACCGCUCUCCUCUCACCCAGCUGGUAAUGAAGCACCGAUCCAGCCUGGAUCGGCUCCGGCAGCAAGUCCGCAAGAGCGAGGCGGCAGCUCGUGCCCUGGACCGCUUCCUCGUCUCACUGCGCACUUUGGAUCAGGAUGUCUUGUUUGCGCAGAGCGCCCCCUGCGCCGACGUGACUGCGCUGCAAGACAGCAGGUCCAAGCUAGCUCUGAUCAGGAAGGGAGCAGCAAGCCUGAGCGAUAAAGCACCACAGUUGGAUCAGCUCCUUGGUGGAGCCAAGAUGGAGGUGACCGAAGAGGGAAGCUCUGUGACGUGUCUGGAUAUGGUGGAGGUGCUGGUGCGGAAGGUGGAAGACGCCGACGACAAGCUCAUUAUCAGACAGGAAGAGCUUCAGAAAGAGCAGCAGAGCAAGGGACUCGGGAUGAGGAAGAAGACUCUGCUGGCGGAGCUGAGGAAGGUGAAGGGUGUGGCAGAGAAGCAGGGCCUCAAGGAACCCACCAUGCCGUCUGUGCAGCACAGGAUUCGCGCCUUGUCGGAUCUGGAGACGCAGAUGAGCUCGCUGCGUCCGGAGUACGAGAGUAUCAGAGAAACCGCUUCAAAGCUUUCUACAGUCACAGAGCGGCGUGAUGAGGUGGAGUCCGUUUGGGAGGAGACCGAGAGAGCCGUUGCUGAAAGGCAAGAGCAGUGCAGCACUCUAAUGGAACUGCUGAAGAAGUUUCAGAGCUGCCGUGCUUUCCUGGGCAACAUCCUCCAGAGGGCGGAGCAAACCAUCAGCGAGCAGGCCUCGUACAUGAGUAAAGACAACCUCCAACGCCUCAUAGCCAGGGUUUACGGGAUAAAGGAGGACCUGAAUGGCCUCGGACCUAAGAUCGAGGAGUUCAGGGCUGUGUGCAGGCAGCUGCAGUCUCAACUAAAGAAACUCCCAGACUGCUCAGAAACUCCAUUUGAAGCCGAGGCAGAUGCUCUGGUGGACUCCUGGCUGGAUGUCUCAGAGAAGACAGACAGCUAUGUGGACAGCCUGCGCCUGGGUUUGGAAGUGUGGGAGAAGCAGCUGAUGCUUGGUGAAGAGUUGGACGUUUGGGCUGCCGCUAAACUCGGUAUUUUCGCCGAGUCUCACCCGUUCAGCAGCGAGAAAGAGGUCUUCGAAAUGAAGGAUGAGAUCCAGAAUCAGGAACGGAGCGUCGAACAGUUCGGCAGGAAGACGCUGGAGAUCCAGGAGCUGCUGCAGAGCAAAGAGGCUCCACUGGAGCUACAGGUCGUGGAGACUGUUCUGAAGAAGAAGAUGGAGCAGGUGAAGGAGCUUUUCGACAGCCGCACCGAAGUCUUCCGGGAGCUGCUGAGUGUCCGAGCCCACCUCCUGCAGAGGAUUGACACCUGUCAAACAUCCAUCCAGAGAAUACACUCCUCAGUGAGAAUGCUCUGUCCUGACAGCAAAGAUCUGCUGCAGCAGCAUCUACAGGAUCUUUCUGAUCAGUUGCUGGAUCAGGAAGAAGAGGCUGACUCUCUGAUGAAGGAAGUCGAGCUCAUGUCCAGUGUGACUGCUGCACCCGAGGCCCUAGAGGAACCGUCCAAUAAAAGCAAGCGCCUCAAAUAUAGCAUCGAGGUGACUCGGGAGCUCAUUGGUCAAAAGAAAGAACAGGGAGAGAAAAGCGUUCUCGUCCAGUCAAUUAAAGAUGAGUGCCAGAUGUUUGAGGACUGGCUACAGGAUGCGCAGCUUGCUGUCAACGAGUGCUUUGAGAACCCGGAGACAAGGGAGGAUGUGGAGGCGUCCAUGCAGAGGCUUCAAGAUUUCCUAGCUUCUGAAGAAGGUGAGCAGCAACUUGCCCAGGUGAAGAAGGCGUUGGAGAAGAGAGAUCAGGAGGAAGUCCCUGCCGAAACCCAGGCUGAACUUUGUGGCUGGCAGCAGGAGCAGGAGGCAGAGCUGACGGCCCUCCGAGCUCACAGCCAAGGACGCCACAAACAGCUGGAGGACAUCCUAAGCAAACUCAACAGCUUGCAAGCUGAGCAUGACCAUUUCCAAGAUUGGUUACGACGGAGAGAGAAGCUACCAGAGCGAAGGGAAAAGCUGAGACACCUCCAUGAGGAUUUUCUUAAAGAAAGUGGACGUGUUGAGGCGUUCAGUGACUUGCUAGCUUCUGUAAGAUUGAAAGGCUUAAGAGGAGACCCCUUGCUAAGAGACAGCGAGUCCCUGGUGGACCAGUACCACAGUCUUGGAAUUCGUCUGGAGAAUCAGUCUCAAAUCUAUAAAUCCUUGGAGAAGGCGGUAGAAACGUUCCAUAUUGAGGAGGAAAACACCAGGACGUGGGUGAGAAACGUAAAACACGGUCUGGAAACACUGGACAAAGACGAAGACAUUCCAACAGAGGAAAAGUUCCCGAAGAUUCAGGUCGUUUUAGACCUGCACGGCGAGGGCGACUCCAGGAUGGCCGCUUUGAAGAUGGAUGGCGAGAGCCUGUGUGCUCGUGAAGAGUUGGAGGAAAGCGUGCGGCAGGAAAUAAUCCGUACCCUGAGGAAUCUAGACGACGAAUGGAGAAGAGUUCUGGAUUCGGCGCGGCAGCUUAAAGCUCAGGCCGAGCUCCAGCGAACUCUUUUCAAGGAGCUAGAAGCUCUCCAAGAUGAUGUGACGAAUACCCGGUCAUGGGUAGAUGAACAAAUGCGAAAGUUGGACUUCCUGGACAAAGACACUUCGGUACAGGAAAGACACAAGCAGCUGCAGGAGGUCCUGAGUCUGAAACGUGAAGGCGAAUCAAAAAUGGCGACUUUAAGAAAAAAGGGAGAGAGCAUAUGUGCUCGUAAGGAGAGGAAGAGACACAGCGUUGAAGAAAGACAGAGAGAGUUGGAGGAGGAGUGGGCAAGGGUUCUGCAAACUGCAUGGGAGAUGACGAACCAGAUUGAGCGUGAAGAUUCUCUCUCCAAGGAACUAAAGCGCUUCCAAGACCAGCUGGAAAGCACACAAGUUUGGAUUAGAAAGCUGAAAGUGACCCUGCAGUCCAUGGAUAAAGCCUCUCCAGCUGAGGAGAUAAUUACCCAGGCUCAGACUGUCUUGGUCCAUGGUCCAGAGGGUGACUCAAAACUUGCUGCUCUUAAGCAUACAGGUGAGUGUGUGUGUACUCGUGAAGGGCUUGAAGAAGACACAAGGCAGUCCAUCCAGCAAACUCAGCGAGCCUUAGAGCAAGACUGGAGAGAAGUGCUUGAUUUUGCUCAAAUCCUGAGGAACGAAGCGGAAAUCCAGGUCGCUCUUGAUAAGGAGCUUCAGGAUUUUAAUUCCCAAGAAGAAAUCUUUCGAACCUGGGUCAUGGAUCAUCAGAAGCUGUUUGAACCUCUGGACAAAGACGCUCCUCUACAGGAGAUGCUUGUUAUAUCACAGACCGUCUUGAACUUGCAGCCAGAGGCAGACUUGAAGAUGGCUGCUCUGAAGAGUAAAGGAGAGAAUCUGUCCACAAAGCUGGAUGAAAGCAGGAAGGAAUCGAUCCGGCAGAUCCUCACGGAUGUUCAGGAGAAACUGAGAACAUUGAUGGAAAUCGCCCAAGAGCACAGAAAUCAGGCCGAGCUCCAGGAUUCUCUCUCCAAGGAGCUUCAAGCUUUCCAGUCGGAGGAAAAGAUGAUACGGUCCUGGGUUGAAGAGUUAAAGCAAGACUUGGUUUCACUGGGCAGAAGCACUCAUGGCACCCAAGAGCAAAUAGAGGAACGGCUCAACAAAGCUCAAGCUGUUCUGAGCCUUCGAACUGAAGGAAACUCCAAGAUGUCCUCCUUAAAAAGAAAAGCAGAGAGUCUGUGCGGUCAGGAAGAUCUUGAUGGACAAAUAAGACGCGCUCUUGUGCAGAACCAGAAGUCCUUAGAAGAAGAAUGGAAAGGAGUUCUCCAGAAUGCCCAAGAGCUACACAGUCUCUUGAGGAGCGUAGUGGAGCGUCUGGUUUCGUGUCAGUGCCAAAGACAGCAGACCCAGUCUCGUGUGGAGCAACUGAUGCAACAGACGGCAGCGCUUCCUCACCACUUCCCCUGGCCCGGAUUCGGGGACCGCAGGCAUGCAGUGGAGCAGGCUACGGCUCUUCUGGACAAGGCGAGGUCUCUGAGCCCUACCCUGUCCGCUCUCAGAGCCCUGGGCCGAGAGAUGAGCCAGCUCACACGGGACCCGAGCUGGACGGAUCCGUCUUGGCAAACCAUCGAGGAGUGCGUCCCGGGGUUAAUCAAAGAUUUAACGGAAUUGUGCGAGCGCCUAGAGGAGGGCAUCCGCAUAGAAAGAAACUGCGCUCAGCUGGUGGAGCAGCACAGUGCCGCACAGGACUGGCUGAGAGAGCAAAUCAAAGGUUUUGGAGACCUGCCCAGUGAUCGCCAUGGCUUACAGGGAUCUAUUAAUACUUUAAAGGCUCUUCUUCAGACGGUGGAGCGGGAGGAGAGAGAAAUGAGAGAGCUAGACGCGGCUAAGGACGCCCUGAUCAACUUGUGCACCCCAGGUGGACGUGAUGCUCUGUCUUUAGAAACCGGCCACCUCCAUGACCUUUGUGCCGCCUCUGAGAGGGAAAUAAAGGAGAGGCUUGUUGUGUGUGAGACUAGAUUGACUGACAUCGACUUGAAGAUAGCUGAAAGAGCAGAGAGACUCCGAGCACAGGCUGAGUGCAUUCUGAAUGAUCUCAGAGCACAUGAAUAUCUAGGAUUUGUAGAAGGAAGCAAGAAUAUUAGCCAACUACAGGAAAACUGGAAUAUCCUGAAGACCUGUGAGAAGGAGCUCGAGGCAAUAGAGGUCAAAGUUUGUGAUCUGGGCCAGGCCAUCCGCAUGAUUCCCCCUGAUGAGAAUCUUCCUUCUAAUAUCAUUUCUCUCGUAGACACAGUGACCCAGCAGUACUGCAGAUCGCAGUCCAAGCUGUCUGAACGACAGGACGUCUGUUCUGAUAGCGCUGUGCGGUGUUUGAGAGAUACACUGCAGGCCCUGCGUUCCUGGGCCCAGUCAACACACGCACAACCUCCUUCCGACUCGGCUUCCGCCGUUCAGGCGAUGCUAGAUGAAGGUGCAGUGCUGCAUAAGAACCUGCAGGUGGCAGUGUCACACAAGCAGCUGCUCAGAGACUGUCUGGGUCAAGAACUCGCCGACAAGCUGGAGAAAGACGGAUCGAAUGCGUUAAAGGAUGCAGAGACGCUCGUUAAUCAACUUCAGCAGAGACUGCAGGAUCUUGAGGAGGAAAGGAUGAAAAACAAAGCUCUUACAUUCUCACUGGAAACGCAACCCAGUCAUGUGGUCCCAGAGGUUUCCUGUGAAUGGCCCAGCACACUGGAUGCUACCAAAAAGGUUGAGUUUGAUCGGUCAAAGCCUCAAGAUAUUUCCUCUGCUCCGGUGGCCAGUGCUGAAAGUUCAGUGGUUGAGCCUUUUGAAAUGAUGCAUAGAGAUGUUGCCAUGACAAUUAUUGAAGAGACUCCAGCAAAGGCAGAACAGCCACUGGAAACGUUAGUGCAAGAUGAUGUUCUAGCUGACGAUGACUCAGAUGACACUCUGACUACGGCAUCCGAACAAAAAUCAGGAGUCUUUGAGGUUUCCAUGACGGUUAAUGAGGAAUUCUUGCCAGAAUCUCCAACUGCAGAACCACCGCUGGUGUCUGCGGUAGAUGAGUACCGGGCUGAAUUCAAAACCGAUGAUCUCCCAGCCACAACAUUAUCUAUAACCCCUAAACAAGAAGAACCCACUGAUGUCACUGUAUCUGAAACAGAGAUUCAGUCUCUUCAUGCUGAUCUUCAUGUCUUAGAAGCUGUCACAGAGAGAAUAAAACCAUGUGAAGAGUUGGAGGAAAGAGCACUUCCACUGAACACACCUGUCUCCACAAUCAUUGACAGAGAGAUACCUACAGAACUCACUGAGGAGAUUUCAGAAGUGAUAGACUUUCCAACAGCAGACUGGUCACUGGCAGCCCUGCAUUUCGACUCAAGUGAACUUAAAACUGAUGGUUUGUCUACCACAGCGUUACCUGUGCGGUCUGACAGAGUACCAGAAGUUGAUGAAUUUGCAAUUGGUCCAGCAGACGGUGAAGGGAAAAUUCAGAUGAAGGGAAGGGAAAAGGUACUACCUGCCUCGUGUGACGAACUCCUUGAUGCCGAGAUAUCCGUGGAAGGAAAACAUAAGGACUCAAUUGGAAGCGACAAGAGGAUGAUAUAUGUUCAGAGUCUUGAAGGAGAAUCUGAUGCAGUUGAUGAAGCACAUAGGAAGCGGUCAUUGACUUCUGAUACCUGUGAACUCGUGAGCGAAGAUAGUAAAAUGCCACAAAAGAAAAUAGCUGCACUAAUUCUGGAUGCAGACACAGUACGUAUUCAUACUACUGUGGUCCCUGGUUCAAUUGAGCAUAAUGCAGGGAGAAUUGAUUCUGCUUCAACCACUGGCUAUGAUAUCACUUGGUCUCAACAAAUGGAAAGGUUGGAUACAUCAGAAGAAAUGAGAAAACAAUUUGGCAGUCUCUCUCCCGAUCAAAAAGAACUGGAAAAUGCUGGGAAUGUCGAUUCCCCUAAAUCAAGUCAACCCUCUGAGGAAAACACUGAUAGAACUCUAUUAAUCUCUGGGCAAACAUCUGAGACCCAAAUCUUCACCAGGAACAGUGAACCAAAUACCACACACGUUGAGAGAGAAGGAACCUGGACAACAAACAAUGGUCCACAGGAGGUCCAGAGAGUGAUGGAACCACUUGAACACUGGAAUGUAAAUAAUGGUCCUCGAGAAAUCCAACAUAGAUGCAUCAUUCUGGAAAGACAAGGAGGACUAGAGAUCCGUCGAGAACCAGUUGCCGAGACAAACGUUCCAGCACUUGAUGCUGCUACAAGUAAACCUGGCAGAGUAGCAACCGACGUUUCUGAACUUGAAGUUGCAGAAAACGUUGAACAAGAAGUUGGUAAAAAAUCAGUUGAAACUGAAGACACACAGAGCGUAGUAUUGAAUGCAGAGAAACAAUCUGAGACAUUAGAGAUCACAAGGACAUUACCAGCUCCACCAGCUAGAAGGAAACUAGAGAGGUUAUCCUUCAGUAGUGAAGACAAGCUAGUGGAUGAAGUGGGUAAAGUAAUUCUGGAAGUUGAGAGCACAAAAACGACAACAGUGAAAGGUGAGACUAAACCAACCCCACCAACCAGACAAUCUCAGGAAAGUGAAAGGUUAUCAGUCAGUUCAGAGGUCCAGUCUGAAGAAUCUUCCCCUAAUCUUCCCAUACCAACCAGUCAGCAAUACAAACAUGAUCGAACCCAAUUACCACCUACAGAGGUUCUUCCAACUCUCCCGAACAGAAGACAUAAGGACAAGUUAGGAGAUGAAAGGCUUUCCCUGGAUCUCGAUUCUCCACCCCCACCAGAAAGAAGACAAAAAGAGAAGGCAGAGAAUCAACAACUUGAACAGGAGAAGGCGAGUAAAACAACAUCUGUCGAGGAACCUCAUGUAAAAUCAACUCCACCAGUCAGGCGAAAAGAAAGUCAGGUUAUAAGUGACAGCACCUCAGUGGUUUCCAAAACCCAAAAAGUGGAGGAGACACUGGUGAAACCCACACCUCCAACAAGAAGGAGAGAUAGCAAAACUUUGACUGACCCGGUGUCUGACAGCAGUGAUUUGGACAAAACAAUGACAAAAGAAAUAGCUCUUGAGGAAUCUCUUGAAAAACCAACUCCACCUGUGAGACGAAAAACAAGCUCAGAUGUAAGUCCCUUCAUCACUCCACUGGUCUCCAAACCCCAAGGAACAGAGGAUUUACCGGUGAAGCCCACACCUCCAACAAGGAGAAAAGAUAGCAGAAGUGUAAGAGACACCAUAUCUAAAGAAAUGGAAUGUCAAAUUUCUAAGAGCGCUGAAUUGGAAAACACAGUGAUGCAAGGGAGAGCUGUUGAGGAACUUUUUGUAAAACCAACCCCACCAGUAAGACGAAAAGGGAGCCAAAUAAGUCAAAUCCAAGAAAUGGAGGAGAAAUUAGUGAAACCCACACCUCCAACAAGAAGGAGAGAGAGAAAUGUCAGUGAUGGGGCCUAUGAAGAAUUCGCCAGCCGAAUUUCCAGUAGCACUGAUUUGGAGAAGACAGUGACACAAGAGAGAGCUCUUGAGGAGUCAAUUAUUAAAUCGACUCCACCAGUGAGACGAAAAGUGUCAGGUCAAAUUGAAAGUGACGUCGUUUCGGUGCUUUCUAAAAUCCAAGAAGUCGGGGAAAAUGUAGUGAAACCCACACCUCCGGCAAGAAGGAGAGAUAGCAGAAAUGUGAGCGACCCGGUAGCCAUCAACAUUUCCAGCAGCGCUGAUUUGGAGAAGACACUUACACAAGAGAAAGCUCUUGCGGAGCCUCUUGUAAAACCAACUCCACCAGGGAGACGAAAAGCAAGUCAAGUUGAAAUCAAUGUUAUCUCAUUGGGGUCAAAAGCCCAAGAAAUAGAGGCUACGCUGUUGAAACCCACACCACCGGUAAGAAGGAGAAGUAGUGGAAAUAUGACUGACACAGCGGUCAGUAGAAUCUCUGGCAGCUGUGAUUUGGAGAAUUCAUCUGUGGUGACACCAGAAAGAGCUGCUGAAGAGACUCUUGUAAAACCAACUCCACCAAUGAGAAGAAAAACAAGUCAAGCUGAAAGCGACAUUUCCAUUGUUGAUAAAAUCAAAGAAAUGGAGGAGACUUCAGUGAAACCCACACCUCCAUCAAGAAGGAGAGAUAGCAGGAAUGUGAGUGACGUAGCCAUCAAAAUUUCCAGCAGCACUGAUUUGGAGAAUCAGUUGACGCAAGAGAAAUCUCUUGAGGAGCCCCUUAUUAAACCAACUCAACCAGUGAGACGAAAAACAAGCCCAGUCGAAAGUGACCGUUCCAUGGUUUUUAAAACCCAAGAAAUGGAGGAGACUUUGGUGGAACCCACACCUCCAACAACAAGAAGAGAUGGCAGAAAUGUGAGUGACUCAGUGGCCUGUGACAUUUUUGUCAGCAGUGAUUCGGAGAAGUCUGUGGCACGAGACAGAGCUGCCGAAGAGGCUCUUGUAAAACCACCUCCACCAGAGGAAUCACUGGUGAAACCCACACCUCCGACACGCAGGAGGGAUAGCAGAAAUGUUGAUGAAAUUGUACCUAGACAAAUAGAGGGUGAAUUUUCAAGUAGCACUGAUUUGGACAAGACUGCGACACAAGAGAGGGCUGAUGUGGAGGUUCUUGUAAAACCGACUCCUCAGUUGGGACAAGAAGCAAGCCAAGCUGAAAGUGACUCUUCCAUCAUAGAUAAAACCCAAGAAAUAGAGGAGACACCAGUAAAACCUACGACUCCAACAAGAGCGGGAGAUAGCAGAAACGUGGAUGAAAUAGUACCUAAACAAAUGGAGAGUGAAUUCCCAAGUAGCUCUGAUUUGGACAAGACCGUGACACAUGAGAGUGCUGAUGUGGAGGAUCUUGUAAAACCGACUCCUCCGUUGGGACAAGAACUAAGCCAAGCUGAAAGUGACAUUUCUUCAGUGGUUUUCAAACCCCAGGAGCCAAAAGAAGCACUGGUGAAGACCACACCUCCGACAUGCAGGAGAGAUGGCAGAAAUGUGGAUGAAAUAGUACCUCAACAAACAGAGGGUGAAUUCCCAAGUAGCACUCAUUUGGACAAUACCAUGUCACAAGAGAGGGCUGAUGUGGAGGAUCUUGUAAAACCGACUCCUCCAGUGGGACAAGAAGCAAGCCAAGCUGAAAGUGACUCUUCCAUCAUAGAUAAAGCACAAAAAAUAGAGGAGACACCGGUAAAACCCACACCUCCAACAAGAAGGAGAGAUAGCAUAAAUGUUCAGGAAGCUGUACCUAAACAAAUGGAGAAUGAAAUUUCCAGCAGUACUGAUUUGGCUAAUACCAUGAUGCAAGAGAGUGCUGAUGUGGAGGAUCUUGUAAAACCGACUCCUCCGGUGGGACGAGAAGCAAGCCAAGCUGAAGGCGACAUUUCUUCGGUGGUUUCCAAACCCCAGGAGCCAAAAGAAGCACCGGUGAAGCUCACACCGCCGACAUGCAGGAGAGAUAGCAGAAAUGUGGAUGAAAUAGUACCUAAACAAACAGAGGGUGAAUUCCCAAGUAGCACUCAUUUGGACAAGACCAUGACACAAGAGAGGGCUGAUGUGGAGGAUCUUAUAAAACCGAGUACUCCAGUGGGGCAAGAAGCAAGCCAAGCUGAAAGCGACAUUUCUUCGGUGGUUUCCAAACCCCAGGAGCCAGAGGAAAUACCGGUGAAGCCCACACCUCCAAAUAGGACAGGUAGCAAAAUUAAGAGUGAUACAGUUACUGAAGUUUCUCAAUCUGAUGUACAGGAGGGGGGUAUGAUUGAACCAACUCUGAGAGAAGGUGAUAGCGAAGUAGAGCGUGAAAGUAUCAAAGUAUCAUCUCUUAGCAUAGAACCUGAUGAAGCUCUACCUAAACCAACCACACCAAUAGGCCAGAAGGAUACAACUACAACUGAUCUUGAUAUCAUUCCAAUUAAAAUAGAAGAGCCACUGAUCCAACCAAUCCCACCAACCGGGAACAUAGAAAAAACGAAGAGUGCUGAGAGCCAACCAAUCAUUAAAGUUGAUCAGCCUGAGAAAGAGCCAUGCGCUGCUCUCUGCAUGGAAUCUACAGAGGGCUUGAUUGGGAUUGAAAGCAUCAGUUUUGCUGAGGCACAAGUACAAGAUGCAGACAAAUCAGAAGUCCCCAGUCAGGAUGCUUCAGUUCCCAAAAGUAUUCACGUGUCCGAGGCGUUAGAAGAAAAAGAAGAAGAAGAACCACUUGGUGCUACGAUGAAUAAUAUUUUCACUGAGAUUGAAAAGAUGUCUAAGACACGACCAAAUAGCCUGCUGAUUGAGAGCAGGCCUUAUGUAGAUCCUCUGGACAUUCUCAACACCUCUGAUGCCGACCUUGAGGCCCAGUUGAACAGAUUGGCGUUCUGUAUACUGAGCUGCCGUAACUGUCCUGCAGUGCUCAACCCCACAGAUAUGGCCAAACAAGUAGAAGAGGCUGAGUCUUGCAGGCAGAGUGCUCAGAAGCAAGUUUCCUCAAUCUCAAAGCAAGAUCACGUUAACGGUGAUGUUAGCGCUCUUGCCGCUGGCUCAUCCAACGACCCUGAGUCUAUGCAGCGACUGAGCUGCCAGUGGACAGAGGCAUUGUGGGAUGCAUCUGGCACUGUAUACACCAAGGAGGCACAAUUGCAGCUGGUGAUUGACUAUGACAGACAAAUGGAGAAAGCCAAAGCUACUCUUGAGAAACUGGCAAGUGAACUGGACUCCUUGAAAAUGUGUCCGGUCGAAAGCAGCUUUGUUGAGGAGCAGAGACUGCGCUCCUUCCUGAGGACUAUGGAACAGGAGAGGACGGUUCUUGGAGAGCUGAUCCAAAUACAUUCCCAGCUAUCACCGCACCUCAGCCAGCCUGAGGGAGCAGCAGCACAGUCGCAACAGAGCAUCUUUCAGUGCGAAUGGAAGGCGCUGCAGAGAUCUGCUGAGAGAACCUUGCAUAAUGUCAGCGCUUACACCAGAGAGAGUUUCGACCUUCUAGAGGAUAUCGAUACCUUAAAAGAUCAUAUGGAGAACUUCCAUAAGAUCUUGGGAUCACCUCGGAUUUCGUCUGCUGGUUGGGAUGGCAAGAGAGCGCAAGAGACGAUUAAACUCUGCGCUGAGCUCACAGCUGCCAAACAAAGAUAUUCUGAUCUCCAGCAAAGCUUUGAAGCUUUCUCCCAAGGAUGUCAUUUCGUCAGUGAGGUGUAUAACAUACAGCGGGGCUUAUGGAGUAUCAAAGAUCACCUGGAUCUGAUUGGUGAGGAGUUGGCUUUUUCAAUCCCGACCAGCAACAGCCCAGCUAUGGUCAGAAUCAUCAACGUGAUAACGGAAGCCCUAGCUUGGGCCAAGAAGACGGAGUACGACAUUAAUAAUAGGCAAAGGAAGGUUUCUCUGCUUCCAGAAGAAGUCCAUCGACAAAUCAAGGAUUUGAAGAAGCUGCAUUCAGAGGUGACCUCUAAGCAGAUACAGUUAACCACUCUGACCGAGGAGGUAACCGAGUUGAUCCCGGAUCUUGACGAGCCGGAUGUUCCUGUGGUCACUUCCUUUUUGGAACUGUUGGCAGGUUUGUCGAAAUCGACAGCAGAAAAACUAGCCACUGCUAUGGAAGAAAUACAGUUGAGUCUUCAGACUCGGGAGAAGAUUUCGGAGCAGAUAGCUGAUGUGGAUUCCUGGAUUCUGCGCCACCUCCAUAAGGAAUCUCUGAUCCGAGAGGAUUUCCAAAGCUUGAGCGCAGCAGAUCUCGAUCGAAGGUUACGGCAGAGUCAGGAUACACUCGGUGAGGCGGAAAAACACUCCGGGAUCGUGGAGGCUUUGCUGAUGAAGAGUAAAGACAUUACCUCUGAGCUUAGUAUCUCUGAGAACGCAUGGCUGUAUGAGAAACUCACCAAGCUUGAGGAAGAUAUAAAGGGCGUCAUCAGUUAUGAGAAAUCCUCCAUCCUGGAGAUAACAGAUAUAUUACAGACCCAGGAGUCAUCAGAACAGAAAAUGGCUUCUUUGGAGCAGAAACUGAGAGAGAUAAUGAUGGACAUGAAUGGACACACAUUUCCCAUCACUAAGGACACUCUGUCUGCCAUUGAGCCAAUCAAACGCGUGCUCGUAGAGCACAAGUUUCAGCUUGAACAAAUAAACACCUCUGCAGAAGGCAAGAGGAGAGAGCUGCUAUGUGUGAUCUCUGAGCUUCAUCAUAAAAUGAAGGCUUUUCAUAUUAAAUCUCAAAUCCACGAAAGGUUCCUCAGCCUCAAGCAGCGUGCGGAGGAUCUUCGGGAAAACGUCGAGGUCUACGUCCCAAAGACGAAAGAUGAAAGCAUUGGCAAAGAGGAACGCUAUAAGAUCUGUCAGUCUCUUCUUAUCCAGAUUCCUCUAAUCAAACUUAUGUACAAGGAGGCCUCGGAUGAGCUUACAAACAUCUCAAAGGACCUUUAUCCGUCUCAGCUAACUACCGAACAAGAGAGGCUCAAACAAAACCUUGACAGUCUUAACGCUUGGGAGACGGCUAUCCGAAAUAACCUUCACAUUGUGGAAUGGGACAUUCUGAAAGAAAUAAAUUACCUCUCGGAGCAAAGAGUGGUACGCCGUUUCCUCAAAGAGGUUAAUCAGGUGCUGGAGAAGACUUAUGAGGUGGAGUCUAACCAGGGAGCCGUUGAAGACGAGCUCAGAAAGUUCCUUAAAGUUAAGAAGAACAUCGAAGCUAGAAUGCAGGUUCUGGAGGUUUUGGAAAUCAGAAACGGACACCAGCAGGGCUCUCGACAUGCUAAGGACAUUGCAGACUUGGCUAAAAUGGUCUUAGACAACUGUGAACGAAGAUUAGUGGACCUGUCCAAAGCAAAGGAGUCGUUGAAAAACUAUUCUAGAGGAGUCAGAAGUGCCGGUGAGUUCCUCCAGAGGACUGAAUCCGUUCUUCUCCCGUCUCUCUGCUCACCGAGGAGCUGUUCAGAAAGGCUGAAGGACGUCCAACACGCCCUGUUAACUUCGCACAAAGAGUUCCAAUCCCAUCUUGCCGAAAUUCAGACUCUUGCGCCCUUCAGUCCCUUAUUUUCGGUGCAGAAGGUUGAAGAAUUACAAGUUAAGAUUCUAGGUUGCCUCUUGGUUCGGAUGUCCACUCUUAAAGCCCAGGCCCAGCUGAGACUGGAAGCUUUAGAGAGGUGUGUAAACAGCCAGAGAAACACCCGUGUGCGCUACGAAGAGCUGUGCCGACGUGUCCGGGACUCGGAAACAACCCUGGCGGAGUGCGCCUCUAAAAAAAUCACCUCUCAGACGGACUGCCGUGACCAGCAAGAGAAACUUAGAACACUGGUUAAAGAGAUCGACACCCUGCCUGGCAAACUGGAUGAGCUGAGAGAGUGGUGUCCAGUACAGGGUUGCCGUGGCAACAGGGACGAUGCUGUAAACUCGCUCUGGGGUCAGGCGGCCAGACUGCGGCAAUGCGCCAGAGAUCUGCUCGCACACUCGGUGUGGAGGGGAGAGGAAUGGAUACGCAUCGGGAAGAGUAUGGAGGAAGCAUCGUCUGUCCUGGAGCAGAUGGAGGCUGAGUUGCCAGAGAGCAGCAGAGAGAAGGCUACUGCUGAGGAGCUUCAGGAACUGCUGCAGUUCUGGUCACCAUACCAGGACAGACUGGACUGCGAGCAUCGAGCUCUGUCUGCACUGGAACUGCGAGUCGCUAGGCUUCUGAGAGUCCCCUCCCACUUGGAACAAGCCCCGCCCAUUCCACUGUGCCAGGAGCUGCAAACCAUGCAAGAGCGCUAUCACAGACUAAAGUCCAGGAGUACCCAGGGCCGUAAGGUAGUUCAGGCGGAGAUGGAAGAGAGGACGAAGGUGUGUGAGGAGCUGCAGGGGAUCCGGAAAUGGCUCGUAGCUGCAGGGACUGUGCUGUCAGAGCUGGAGCAAGCGCCCGGCACAGAACGGCUCCAGGAGCUUCAUUCCGAACUGUGUACCCAGAAGGCUUUGCUGCAGCGCAUCAUGGAGGGCCUUAGGAUGAAAUAUUCAGAUAUGUACACUCUGGUUCCCGUGGAGAUAGACGGCCCACUACAGGAAGUCUCUCUCUCACUACAGGAAGUGGUAAAGCAGGUGGAGGUGGCCGUGCAGAAGAGCGGGCCGUUACACAGGCUAGAUGCUCAACUUUCAGAGAUCAACACAGGUCUGGAUGGCGUACAGGGCAGACUAAAUAAAAAGUGUCCUAACGUCGCUGAAGCCGAGAGCGUACAGAAGCGUGUGUGGGACGAGUUGGACGGCUUACGUUCGCGUCUCGCAGCGGUCGAGGUGGAGCUCCAGGCCUUCAGUGAGGGGAAACCGGAGGAGGCGCAGGCUCUCGCGGAGAAACUUUCUCAGACCCAGCUACUGCACACACGCCUUUCCAAACAAGCCGAGGACAGAACAGCCUUCCUCAACAAGAUACAUGGUUGGCUGCAGGAGCAUGAGGAGAUGGUGAAAGGAUCUGAGAGCUGGAUUACUGAAUCUCAGUCAUGGUUGACCGCACCAUACACCUACACUACUGCGAAAUGUCUGGACAGCCAUGCUAACGCGCUGCAGUUGGUUCUUGACGACUCGGAGCAGAUUCGCCGGACUUUGCAGGGAUUUGAGAGCGCGUUGAAGGAGAUGGCGAGUGUGUGUGAUGUGAGCGGGCUUCAGCAGGAGCUGUGUGAAGCGGACCGGCACGUGGCGGACAUGCAGAGCGGCCUGCUGGAGCCUCUAAAAACGUUAGAGCAUGCUGCAGCUGAAGUGGAUGCCAUGGAGUCUGAGCUGAGGAUCAUGGAGAAGGACGUGACUGAGCUCAGAUCAGCGCUCACCUCAAAGCAAGGCAUCAGCCAGGACAAAUUCAGGGCUGCUGAAAACAGGAUCGAGCUGAUGAAGAGGACAGUGGACGAACUGAAGAGCUGCAAGGCCGGACUGCGUUUGCCAGAAGGAGCAGAAAACACACUCGCCGUGUUCAGUAACGCUGACUCGCUACUGAAUAAACUGUUGGAGCUAGAGCAGCUGGCGCUGGAGCACGCCGUUGUGGUAUCAGAGCCGUGCGAGACGUCCUCCGCGCUCCGCGUUCCUCCUACCAUCACAGAAGAAGAGCCUCAGGACAGUGUUUUGGAUCAGGGGCAGGUGGAGAUCGCCCGCAUUACGGAGGACGUGUUGACGCGAUCUGGAGCCAUGCUGAUGACCAUAACGGAAGCGACGCUGGAGCAGAGACUCGAAUCACCAGCCCACACACAGCAGCUAGGGUGUGAUGAAGAGGAGGAGGAGGAGGAGCAGGAGGAAAUAUAUGUGGAUGUAAGAGAAGACAUUGACGAUGAUUGCUAUGAAGAUGCAAGGGAAGACAGUGCAGGGGUGAGAGGAUCUCCUGGCGCUGCAGGCUGUGAGAGAGCGAUGAGUUGUAACAUGGAGGGCACAGAGAGCGGAGGACCGACUGCUGCUGCUGACUCGGCAGAGCGGGAUAGGAACGAAUCGGACACAGAGGCGGGCCAAGGCGAGCGUGUCACCCAGGAGCCGAGCGAUCCCGACGCCUCGUCUAAACCGGCGGCCACUGUGAGAACGCAGUCUCCCCCCAGAGAGCUGGAGCGUGGUGCGUGGAAGGGGAAGCAAAUCGAGUCAGAGAGGCUGAAGACACACACCUGCAGCACACCGCCCAUGUUUAGAGAGGUCACACACACACACGUAGAAACCACAGACUCUCAGGAAACCGUAACUCCACUCCAGGUCAUGAGCAAUUCAGCCGAGGAGGCGUUCAGGCGAGAGGAGUUAACGUCUCCCGUCUCGGGCUCCAAAGAUACACACGGUGUUAUAAGGUCAGAUCAGGGGCCACAGACGCCAGUCCUUUCUGCUCCGGCGUUAAGGCCGACGUUUACACGGCGUCGUGAGAAGACAGCCGACAACCUGGCUGCAGGUGGAUCCUGUCACUCGGGUGAAACUCCUCCCCCGGAUGGGUCGCUCCAUUCCUGCCAUGAGCGAGCCACGCAGAUGGAGCUCUGGCUGGAAAAAGCCCAGCUGAGUCUGCACAGCGACGUGCAGCACAGCGUAGAGGAACAGCUGCACACCUGCCAGGAGAUGUUUAUGGAGAUUGAGCAGAAGGUGGCCAGUGUGUCUGCACCAGGUCAUGAUGAAGAGGAGCAGAAAGCACUCCGCGCCAAACUGCAGCUCCUGAAGAACAGGCUGGUGACCUUUCAGGUCCUGCUGCAGGAGAGACACAGCGAGGAGAAGGUGUGUGCGGAGAGCGAGCGCCCCCUGCAGGCUCGGCUGAAGCGCAGCGCCAGUGUGCAAGAGAUGCUGAGCUCAAGGAGGGUCAAACUCUUCAGACAGAGCAGCCUGCAACAGCAGAAGGAGUUGGAGCAGGGUCUAAUCGAACAGAGAGAUCUGAUGAAGGUCAUUGCAGCACGGGGAAGCAGAGUCAGACUGCAAAGUCAAACUGCAGAGGAACACAUGAGGCUCCUUGUACCUGCAGUAGCGUUGACAGUGGAGGAGCAGAGACAGGAAGGGGCGGAGUCAGUGCACAGGAAGUGGACUCACCUCCACAGGCGACUCAGCCAGAGAGCAGAAGAGCACCAGGAAGAGGAGAUAUCUCCUCCACCUGUCUGUGUAUGGAGCAGCACUGAUGGAGCUGCGUGUCUACAGGAGCUCCAGUCCCACCUCACACACCUGCGAGAGCUGGGACACACAGCAACGUCAGCACCUGACGUGCAGGCGGUGGAUGAGGGUUUGUUUGAGGUGCUGAGUGGAAUCACACUCUCUCUCUCCACUCUCUCACACACACUCGUCUCUCAGCCAGGAGGGUUACACACCGACGCACACACCCAGCAGCUACAGAGUCUGUCUGCAGAGCUCAGCUCUUUGAGUGCCGAGUUGACCUCUCAGGGGUCAGAGGUCGUCAGGUCGUUAGGUUCCGUGGCUCCUGCAGCCGGUGUGUGUGUGGAUCUCCUGCAGGACCGUGUGUGCGAGCUCCAGAACGUUCUCUCAGAGAAACAGAAGCAGCUGCAGAAACAGCUGGAUCAUACUCUGCAGAAAGAGAGCAGGAUUAAACACAUGCAUGCUGCCUUGCUUGCUAACACCUCAACCCUGAAAACACUGACUAAUGACGAUUCACGCUGCGAUCCUCAUGCACAGCUACAGGCUGUUGCCGGGUUACAGCAGGAGCUUCAGCAGCGAGAGAGAGAGCUGGCCGAGCUGAGAGACGAGACAGAGAGACAGGGUCGAGUGACGGGGUUACCGCAGGACGUCACCACGCUGGAGAGUGUGUUGGACAGCGUGUACGGCGGUGUGGGUCAGCGUGCUGCUGAUCUGCAGUGCAGUGUGGAGCAGCAGCAGCAGUGUGAGCGCGUACUGAAAGGACUGCAGGACCUGCUGGAGCUCGGCAAACAGAGACUCACACACACCACACAACUGGAGCCGCACACCACGGAACAGCUACACACACUCCUCAGCACACACACGAAGUUCUUCCUGUCUCUGGACUCUCACCUGCAAGCUCUGCAGCGUCUGACUGCCCGGAUGCCCGAUGGCGCCCUCUGUAGGUGGGGCACUGCUUUGUCAGAGGUAGAGGAUCAGGUGGAUGAGCUUCAGUGUCAGGCUCAGAAGACUGGAACUGCUUUGCAGGUGACACUACAGGUGUGGACUCAGUGGGAGGAGGGUCAGUCCUGGUUGGAGAACCUUCUCCAAGGUCUGGAACAUCGGCUUCCCAGCAUGCACUCGGAGGAGCAAACGGAGGAGGCGCUACAGAGGAGUCUCUCGACCUAUGAAACACUGCAGGCGACUCUGGAGGCGAAUGGUGCGCAGAUCGGUCUGGUUUUAGAUCAGGCCAGCAGAUUGCGGAAGGUGGGCGUGUCCGGUCACUCGAUGGAUGGUCUUGUGUGCAGAGUGGGCGUGGCUAAUCUGAGGCUUAAACGGCGUUUAGCUGCUCUGCGAAGGAAAAUGGAAAACGGACGAGACUCCGCCCACCACCUGAUAAAACUCUGGAAGAGGUAUCGUCGUGACUCCACAGCGACGACGGAGUGGAUGAACAAAGCCAGAGAACGUCUGAACGGCUGGAAAGGUCACAUGACCACCUCUGGGCAAGUCAUCUCUGACCUCAACGAGUUUAUAGAGCUGUGUAAAGAGAUGGAGGUAAAAUCAGCGCUGAAGGCUUCGGUGAUCAGCGCCAGCACUGAGAUCCUGGUGCUAAGCGAGAGAGAACACGCAGACACACACAUGCCAUCAUCCGGAUCCACUCAUCAUAACUCGCAGUCAGAAGAGAAGGCCACCCGCGGAGAUGCUUCUUCAGUUAAGGAUGAUCCCGGUGCCGAAGUUAAGGAAGAAGAUUCCUCGAACAACGAAGCUCUCCCUCCUGAAAGCACACGCUCGGACCUGUGGAAUGGGGGCGAUGCUAACGUCCAGGAUGAGUCUCCUGACGAAAUGUUUGAAGCCAGCAGCUCGUCUGACGUUCCUCCGAAUGGAAACGCUUCCGCGGAGACGUCAGAGGAUGCCAGCAAUAUGGUCCAGGUGACGGCGUUGCCUCCUGUCCUGCUCGCUCUGAAAGAUCACCUGACUGAGGUGGAGAAUAGCUGGGUGGAGCUGCACGCCGACAUCGCUGCAGUACAACAGAAGCUACAUCAGCGCGUGGUGGAGAGUGUGUGUCCUCAGUCCCUGCUCUCAGAGGUGUGCAAAUGGAUCAGUGGAGCUGAAGGAAGCCUGCAGGAUGCAGAGAAAAACGUUCGGUCCUCAAACACAGCAGCACAGCUCACGCACCAACUCGACACGUACAAGAAGCUGAAACGAUCACAGGUGUGUGUGCAGAUGUCAGUGGACUUCCUGAACCGGACGCUGCUGAAACACACCGAGCCGUACCUCAGGUACAAAAACACAGCAUUCGCCGAACAGCUCGGGGAGAUGAACCUGCGCUGGACCACGCUGCAAACACACCUCUACACACAGACGCGGUACGUCGAGCAGCGGCUGAGCGUCUGCGCAGAUCGAGACGGCAAACUGCGACUCCUGCGUGCCUGGGUCAAAGGUCACGAGGCAUGGAUGCGACUGGCUGAGAGGCCCGUCAGUCAAAGCGCAGCAGAAAAGCACCUGAAAGAUUGCGAGGAAUUGGAGGAGGAGCUAAAGGCCAAGACCGCUAAGCUGAACGAGUUGAGGAAGACGAGGCUGAGCGACGAUGAAGAACACACAGAGACAGGCUUCAUCAGUCACGUUAACACCACCUCCCAGGCAUUAACCGCUUUAACCGAGCAGAACUGCGCUCUGAAACAAACUCUGCAGCACGCAGGGGAUUUGUGGGCGGCGUUCGAAAGUGGGCGGAGUCAAGUUGCUCAAAGCACCUUGGAAAUAUGUCAAUCCCUUGUACGUUGCCACGCCCCUCACACCUCCUUCACAGCGCUCCAGAAGAGCAUCGAUAAGCUACAGGCAUUGCAAUCCGAAUCUGAGGAAGUAGACACAAAGUGGGAGGAGCUUAACCAGGCAUUCUCCAGUCUUAAUGGUUGGAUCCAUACAGGCACCUCCCACUUAUUAUCUGAACAGCUGGAGAAGGAGAGAUUACGGUGGUCUGAGGUGAAGCAAGAUCUCACACACACCUCAGUGAGGUUACACUCUCUGCUGCAGGCAUGGAAACGGUACUCGGAUUUGUUGUCUUCCUGCUCAGAGAAGCUACAACAGGAGAAGGAUCGACUCCGUGACGUCUCGAAGACGGCGUCCGAGCACCACCACGACACGGAAACCCUCGCGACCUGUGUACAGCGUUUACACGACCUACUGGAGAACACACACACUCUCCGGACGGACUCGGAACGAGCGCUCGAGGCUUCCAGAGAGCUGAUCGGACAGACGGAGCCGACGGCAGCCGCCUUCGUCCAGUCAGAGUGUCGGAUGCUGAUACGUGGGCUUCAUCAGUUCGAGCAGGCCGUGAAGAGGAAGCUGGGAGAGGUGCAGGAGGACGUCAGGCAGCUUCAGGAGUUCGAGCAGCUUCUGGAAUCGCUAGAGACGCACUUAAAGGAGUGGACGAGCCGCCAGAGACUCGCAGACACGGACGUAUCAAAGUCUGAUCCGCUGGAGUUGAGCCGUUGCUCGGCUGAUGUGGAGAUGCUGAAUGAACUCGGUUACAGGUUGACCCUGAGUGACCCCGUGACCCGAAGACUGCAGAGCCUGAACAGGAAGUGGGCUCAGGCGUCUGCACACGCUCAGGAUAGAUGCAGUGAGCUGCAGGGCGUGUCUCUCCAGCAGCAGGUGUUUGAGGAGAGGUGUGAGACGUGGAUGUCGUUCCUGCAGAGGAUGGAGGACAGUCUAGCGGGAGAGAUAGCAUCCACUUACCCCGGUCUCCGAGAGCAGCUACGCACACACCAGAGGUUCCAGGCCGAGCUGUCUCUCGGCCAUCAGAUUCUACACUCGGUGAUCACAGAGGCUCUGCACCUGUUACAGAGGGGAGAGGUGGAGGACAGGAGUGAUUUCCUGUUGAAGCUGGCUCAGCUCAGAGAGCACUGGCAGGGCGCUGUACAGAGAGCGGCUCAGCGGCGCACCCUGGUGGACGGGCUGAUACGCCACUGGCACCUUUACACACACACACUGCGCAAACUCAACACACUGCUCACACUCGCGCACACACUCCUGUCUCCGGCCAGCCUCACGCACUACAGCGUGACACAGCUCCGCCGCUCGCUCAAACAGCUUGAGCACACCGACCUUCUCUUCCAAAGGUCCCACUCCUCCUACCUGCUCCUGUUGGACGUGGGUCGUCAGCUCUUCUCCGUCAGCGAUGAGGAAACGCAGACGAGGCUACAGACGGACCUCGCCACCCUGCAGGAGGACUGGGAGCGCUCCCAGUGCAUGCUGGGUAAAAGGAGGACUCUCACUGUCGGCGUCAUCAAGACGUGGGAGAGCUGUACGAGCCGGCUAGCCGAUCUGGCACAGCGUCUGGAGGAACUCAAGGUCAGACUGGAAAAGCAGCCGAUCCAGGAGAUGGAGGAAGUGCUGAUCAAGGAGCUGCAGGACUCUCUGGAGGACUGGGCUGUGAGUCUGUGUGAAGCGAGCAGCAUGAAGACGGACGUGUCUCAGUACAUCAUCACCGAGGACGUGCUGAUGCUACAGGAGCAAGAGGAGCAUCUGCACAGCCAGUGGGAGGAACUGUGCCUUAAGGUCUCGCUGCGUAAACAGGAGAUCGCUGACCGGCUGAAUGCGUGGAUCAUCUUCAAUGAGAAGAACAAGGAGCUGUGUGAGUGGCUUACGCAGAUGGAGAACAAGAUGGCGCACAGUGCCGAGCUCAGCAUCGAGGAGAUGGUGGAGAAGCUGAAGAAGGACUGCAUGGAGGAGAUCAACCUGUUCAGUGAGAACAAGACUCACCUGAAGCAGCUGGGAGAGCAGCUCAUCACGGCCAGCAACAAGACCAAGGAGAGCGAGAUCAAUGACAAGAUCAAGGGCAUCAACGAACGCUGGCAGCACCUGUUCAACCACAUCGAGGCCAGGGUGAGGAAGCUGAAGGAGACUCUGGUGAUGGUGCAGCAGCUGGACAAGAACAUGAGCAACCUGCGUACGUGGCUGUCGCGUAUCGAGGGGGAGCUCACCAAACCCAUAGUGUUCGGAGUGUGUCACGAUGACGAAAUCCAGUGCAAACUCACCGAACACCAGGAGCUGCAGAAGGACAUCGAGCAACACACGGAGGGCGUGGCGUCGGUGCUCACGCUGUGCGACAUGUUACUGCACGACGCCGACGCCUGCAGCAGCGACGUGGAGAAUGACUCCAUCCAACAGACCACACACAGCCUGGACCGCCGCUGGAGAAACAUCUGCGCCUUGUCCAUGGAGAGGAGGAUGAAGAUCGAGGAGACAUGGCGUCUCUGGUGUAAGUUUCUGGAAGAUUACUCCGCUUUCGAGGACUGGCUGAGCACCGCAGAGCGCAAGGCGGCGAACCCGGCCAGCACAGACGUCCUCUACACAUGCGCCAAGGAGGAGCUCAAAAAGUUCGAGGCGUUCCAACGGCAGGUUCAUGAGCGCCUGACGCAGCUGGAGCUGGUGAACAAACAGUACCGCCGCCUGGCCCGUGAGAACCGCACGGACGCCGCCUGCAAACUAAAGACGAUGGUGAACGAAGGGAACCGGCGCUGGGACGAGCUGCACAGGAGAGUCAGCGCCAUCAUCCGCAGACUCAAGCACUUCACGUCUCAGAGGGAGGAGUUUGAGGGAACGAGGGACGCCGUUCUGGUGUGGCUCACCGAGAUGGACCUGCAGCUCACCAACGUCGAGCACUUCUCCGAAAGUGACGUCCACGACAAGAUGAGACAACUCAAGGCGUUCCAGCAGGAGAUCACGCUCAACACCAAUAAGAUCGAUUCUCUGAUCGUGUUUGGAGAGAAACUGAUCCAGAAGAGUUCGCCGCUGGACGCUGUGCUGAUCGAGGACGAGCUGGAGGAGUUGCACUCUUACUGCCAGGAGGUGUUCAGCCGAGUCGCACGCUUCCACCAUCGCCUCGUCUACACGCGACCGGUCUUGGACGACGAGCGCGAUUUCUCAGACAGAGACCCGGAUAUGGAGGACUCGUUAGAGCUGUCCGGCGUGUGGGAGAGAGAAGAGGACGCGGUGACGCUGGUGUCCGUCCAGCCCUCGGCGUGUCUCCUGCUGCCUCCUUCACUGGAGCCGUCUGGCCGAGAGACGCCGGUCAGCGUGGACUCCAUACCGCUGGAGUGGGACCACACGGUGGACGUGGGUGGAUCUUCAUCGCCCGAGGACGAAGACGAGGCCACGUACUACAGCGCGCUCUCAGAUUAUCUCCUGAAUUACGCCGCAGUAGUGUGUAAAGGUUUAAAGGUCUUUGUGACCGGACCGGGUCUGUGCCGCUCCUCUGUUACAGAUGUAGAGGUCACUGAGAGCUCCGAGUCCUUUAUUAAAGCUACAGCUCGAGCUCUGAGUGCUGUGUCCGUGACGGAGCCCAGCUGGCAGGACAGGAAACGCAUCAUCCACAGCCUGACCUCCACACCUACACACACGGGUGCUUCUCAUCAUCCUGGGGGAUAUGCUAAGCUCAUGUCUGAGUGCACGGAGAGCAUAGACGACUUGAAGCGAGUCGAGCACAUCCUGAGCCGCGAUGAGAUGCUUGACUGUGAGGGUCUGACCGUACUUUCGUCUGCAGACAGACAGACAGCUGUGAUUGAGAGAUGGGAGAUCCUCCAGGCUCACGGUGCUCAGCGCAAGCUGACCUCUGACCUUGGGGAGCUCACGACCUGGCUCGACUGUGUGCUUCCAGAACUGGAGAGGCUUCAGAGAGGGAAGGAUGACCGCCCGAGCAUUCAAGAUGUAGAAAGCAGCAUCCGCAAGCUCAAGGAGAUCCAGAGGACAUUCUGUAGCUACAAGGCUCUGAUGAUUGGUGUGAACCUGAAUGGGUGGAGCCUCCCCCAAGGAGAAAUGCAGACAGAGCUGCAGGCAGCCAAUCAGAAAUGGGCACGUGCCUGUGCUGUGCUGGACUCCUGGGAGAACCGAUUGCACCUUGAGCUCUUGCGGUGUCAGGAGUUCCAUGAGACGCUGCACUCUCUAUUGCUGUGGUUGGCUCAAGUGGAGAGCCAGCGCUACAUGGUGAACAUUCAUAACCUUGAUGUGGAUGUUGAUGUACUGCAGGAGCACAGAGAUUCACUUGAGGCAGUGCAGCACGAGCUCCUGGCCAGGGAAACAGAAGUGCAGUCACUGCAGCAGAUCUCCUCCCAUGUCCUGCAUGUGCAUCAGGGUGAGGAGAGCAUGGAGGCCAAAGAGAAGGUGCACGUCAUUAACAACAAGCUCCGCCUCCUUCUCAGACAGAUCAGCCAUGACCUCAACACUCUGAAGACCAGACUGAAGAGCGAAGGUUCUUCAGCAGACUGUCAGUCACUAACAGACAAGGGGCCGGGAGCUGUCAAGAGAAGACCUUCCGCGAGCGCUAAAGAAGUUUCCGGAGGCAGGCGGUUCCUGUACCGGGUUCUGCGAGCCGCGUUUCCCCUGCACCUGCUCUUCCUGCUGCUGUUGGCGCUGACCUGCCUGGUUCCCGCAUCCGAGGACGAUUACAGCUGUGCCCUCUCCAACAACUUCGCCCGCUCCUUCUACCCCAUGCUGCGCUACACCAAUGGCCCUCCUCCUACAUGAGCUGCCACCAACCCUUGUGAUCUUUAACAUCUCUGCACUGCUCAGUCAUUUUGUGAGUCAGCAUACAAAAAAAACUAUUUACACACACACUUGGGUUUAAUCUAUGAAGAAGGAAUUUUUUGUCCCCUAUUUUCAAAAAGAACCAGUAAAAAAAAAAAAACAACGUCGCUCAGUGUGGAGGCCCUGUGGGAUUUAAACACAACCUCACAGUCGCUAACCUCGUUAUGGUAUCGUCUUUAAUCACAGAAGCCAUUAAAUUAACGUUGCGUCGAUUUUCAGUUUGAUGAGUGAUAUUUUAAAAUCCUGUACAAACUCCUGACUUGGCGUACUCUGUGAACCGGUUUGCGUUUAUUAGAUGAAGAAUAUAUUUGGAUACUGUGUAGGAUAAUCCACACACGAGGGUCGUCGUUAAACUGUCUGCUUGUUAUAGACUUAUUUAACAAUAAUUCAAAAAUUAUUAUAUUUUAUUUAUUUCUGGCACCUAACAAAAGCCAUAGUACAGACGCACACACGAAGAGAGUGUUAUUUAUGUUCACGAUGUAUAGUUUAAAGUCGAUUUGUACUUCUUGACAAAUAAAGCGGUUUGCCUGAA